CUCGGGCUCCCUUGGGAACUUCCCUCACAGCUCCAUCCAGAGAACCUCUCGGCUUGGUCUUGGGAAUGUAUUUCUCAAUCUCCUCAGGCUUCUUGGCGGCUCCAUGCCGAAGGUUGAGUCUGGAUCGGUGGGGGGGAAUCCAUUCCCGAUGUCCUCCCACGACUCCUCCUCAGCUCCUCGCACACCGAGACCUAGUACUCCUCCCAGAACCGUGCCAGAACCUUUUAUGAUCUGCGUUCAAGCGUGUAUUUUUUUUUCCCGUUCGCCUCUGAAUGGAGAACUCGCCGACUAUCACACCGGGAUCGACGCAGGGAGAGUCUCCGACCUCUUCUUCCGUCUGUUCAGCCUGCAACGGAACUAAAGCGUACGGCGCUUAACUAGUAAGCGUCUGGUUCGGCAUCAUGGCGAGAAGCAGCCACUGCCGCCUGCUGUCGCUGCCAGACGAGCUCCUCGACGCCAUCCUUGGCCGCAUCGAUCACCCCCCCGAUCGCUCCAACGUUGCUCUCUGCUGCUCCCGCCUUCACCGCCUGCUGCGAUCCACUCCCCUCGCGCUCCGCGUCAACUUUCUCUCCUGCACAAACCCCAUCGGAGCCAGGGAGUGGUGCAAGCAGCUGAAGCACUUUUCAGUGACGUUUACGCUCAUCACGGAGGUAUCCGUGGAGAUCCCUGUUCGCCUGGAGAACCGGCUGCUGGCGGCUCUGGGAUCGAGCUGCCCGGAAUUGAAGAAGCUGGCGAUCCAAGCGCGGUUUCAUACUACUCCACGGGAUGCUGAAGUGUGGAGGACGUUUGCAAGAAAAUGCUCGCAAUUGACGUUGCUGGAUCUGGGCCCACCUACUUCCGCAGACACGCCCCUGCGCGCCAAGCCAGCCCUCCCCCCUCUGGACGCCUUCCCUUCUUUGCAAAGUUUCGUGCUUGGCUUUGUCCCAAAGAAAAUCGCCUCCCUCCGUCGCUGCUCCUCCCUCACCUCCCUCGGCCUCUGGGAUCCCAAAGGUUCCACCAUCUUGUCCCUCGCCUCCUCCUCCUCCUUCCGCCUCUCCCUCCACUCGCUCUGCAUUGAAUCUGCUGAUCUACGUGAUUGCCUCGAAUGCAUCUCGUCCUUCCCCCGCCUCGCCUCUCUGGCCUUGCUCGCAUGCAAAUUCCACGCACACGAGCUGCACACCCUCUCUCUCUCCCUGCAGACCCUCACACGCCUCUUCAUCGACAACUGCCCCCGGGUUUGCACCAGUUCAGUGGCAGCCAUGGUUCGAGCCAACUCCUCCCUCUCCACCCUCUCCCUCACGGGCGACAGUUAUCACCUCUUGCGGUCAGAGGGGAUUGCACCCAAGCUCCGCUUCCUCAGGCUGUCUCGCCUAUCCGCCUUCAGCCCUGGCGUGCUGGCUGACUGCUCCUUGGAUCAUCUGCUGAUAGAAAAAAGUCAACUUUCUCUGGAAGACCUUGCAUGCAUGUUGGUGCGGGAGAAGGAGAGGGAAGAAGUAGUGCAGGGAGAAGGGGAAGGCGUGGAACAGUCAGGCGGUACUAGGACAGCAGCCGAAGCGUUGGAGAGGAGCGAAUCUGAAACGUCUGCGGAUACGAUCUGUGCCUCCGUGGAUAUGCUCAUGCUAACCAAUAUUCACUUCAUCCCUCUUCCUCAGCCUGGUUUGCUCCUCCCACGCGGCCCCAUUAUGCCCCCUCCACUGUCCAUUGCUGCUUCAAACAUGUUUGGACGCCUGAAGAAGCUCACAAUGUGGCGCUGCACCGGGCUGGGCGAGCAGCGACUGGCUAGCCUGCUGCAUGAUUGUCUGGGGUUGAUGGAGCUGACAGUUGAGCACAGCGAAGACAUGUCGGACGCAGUAUUGCUUGGCAGCAGACUGGAGGUGCUCACGUGUCUCACUCUGCUUGCAUGCGAUCGCAUCACUGCCGAUGGGGUUGCAGGUUUCCUCGGAGCAUUCCCAAGGUUGAGUGACCUGAAGGUUGAAGUGGAAAAGAUCACUCCAGAGACUCGGGAAGAGUUUGUUCGUGCUGGUGUGGUAAUGAGGGGAGUGUGAUUUUACAGGUGGUGCCACUCGUUGCAGUUCUGAACGUUUUUCUGUUUGAUUUCCUGCUUGCAUAUGGUGGGGAGGGGACCUUGUGACUGGUCAACUCUUUCUCAAGGUAGUGGCACUAUCUUAGUCUGUAGACUAUACGCCUGGGCCCCAAUGUGUGUUCUAUGCCUUUCUGCAGUUCACCCACUCCUGUGUAGGCUCUGCUUCCAAGGUGUCCAAGGUUUUCCUGUGAGACU